CAUCCUGGGCUCAGGUAAGAGGGCCCGGGUUGGGAGGCGGCACACCCAGGGGGACGUCGAGAGAGCAGCACCGAGCCAUGGACCCCGCCAGGAAAGCAGAUGCCCGGGCAGUGAUCUGGAGCCCAGGCUGGCUGCUCUUGCUGCCGCUACUGCUUCGCGAAGGAACGCAGGCCCUGGAGUGCUACAGUUGCGUGCAGAAAGCGGACGACGGGUGCUCUCCGCAGAAGAUGAAGACCGUAAAGUGCGCGCCGGGCGUGGAUGUCUGCACAGAGGCCGUGGGGGCGGUGGAGACCAUCCACGGGCAGUUCUCGGUGGCAGUGCGCGGCUGCGGUUCCGGACUCCCGGGCAAGAAUGACCGCGGACUGGACCUUCACGGGCUCCUGGCUUUCAUCCAGCUGCAACAGUGCGCUCAGGACCGCUGCAACGCCAAGCUCAACCUCACCUCGCGAGGGCUCAACCCGGCGGGCAACGAGAGUGCCUAUGAACCAAACGGCUUCGAGUGCUACAGCUGCGUGGGGCUGAGCCACAAGAAGUGCCAGGGUACAGCGCCGCCCGUCGUGAGCUGCUACAAUGCCAGCGACCGCGUCUACAAGGGCUGCUUCGACGGCAACGUCACCUUGACCGCAGCUAAUGUGACCGUGUCCUUGCCUGUACGAGGUUGUGUCCAGGAUGAGUCCUGCACCCGGGAUGGGGUGACAGGCCCGGGGUUCACACUCAGUGGCUCCUGCUGCCAGGGUUCCCGCUGUAACUCGGACCUCCGCAACAAGACCUACUUCGCUCCUCGAAUCCCACCCCUUGUCCUGCUGCCCCCUCCAACCACUCUGGCUCCAACCACUCAGGUCCCAACCACCUCUGUCCCCACUCCCACCUCAGCCCCAACUGUCCCCACCUCUUCCACCAAACCCACCCCAGCCCCAACCAGCCAGACUCCUCCCCAGGAAGUACAGCCCGAGGUCUCCCGGGAAGAGGAGUCAAGAUUGACUGGAGGUGCCGCUGGCCACCAGGACCGCAGUAAUUUGGGACAGUAUCCCCCCAAAGGUGGGGCUCAGCACACCCCUAACAAAGGCACUGCAACUGUGGGGGCUGGGCUGGCAGCUCUGCUGUUGGCUGUGACUGCUGGAGCCCUGGUAUGAGCUUCUCUACCUGGAAACUUCCCUCUCACCUGACUCUCUGCCCCGGGGACCAGCUCUCCCUUACUUCCAUUUCCCACCGCUGGACUGGGCUGGCCCAGCCUGGGUUCUGUAGAUGUCCCGGGUUCCUCCAGCUUCAGCUGCACUGGUUUGCAGCUUGGGGAAAUAGUUACUCUUGUAACUAUUUACUAUAUAAGCUGCCAGGGUGUUCUGACUUUUCCAAGCAGCAACUGCAUCCCCCUCAUGAUGCCUAGGACAGAGUGAGAGAAGUCUGCUGUCCCAGGGAGGUUGGUGGAGUGAAUGACAAACUUCCCGUCCAUUAUCCCAUGGCCCAGCUGCAUUAUGGGGAUCAGUGACUUCCACCCCUGAGCUCUGCCGCAGGCUCCUGCGUCUUUGUGGGAAUCCUGUCCUCAGUCUUCCAUGCUAGACGGUGAGCUCCUCCUUGGCAGGGACCAUGCCUUCGCCUCUGUGUGGCCAGUUUUGGGCACAGAAAGGCUUCAAAUAAAGAUUUAAUACUUUGUACAGUG